AGUACCUAGGAUAACCAAAAAAAGUCAUAGUGACUUAUUUCCAUUGGGGUCCUUUUAUAUUUACACUUAUAUUUACUUCUAUACUUACACUUUUAUAUUUACACUUACCUUGGAGGACAUGUUAGUUUAAUUAGUUAGUUUGAUGGAGGAGAUGCUGGCAUAGGUUUAGGUCGGUGAAAGAUACGUAGCAAGCCGGUGUAUGUUCAUUGGCCCGAUACACAUGCAACAACAUUGGAGAGUUACUUUCGUGUCGAUUUUCUAUCACUUACUCGCUUAACUUACUUGCUACACUGUUAAUUCUACACUUUAUCGCUGGCUGGCACUAUAGCCUUUAUCGAUACCUGCUGCUUUAGUAUCGUACAUAUCAUAGAAUCACUGAAUCACUGCAGAAGGCACAUUCUCCCCUCUCUCUUCUUCCUCCACUUGGGUACUUUGCUAUGAGUUUUUUCUUGAAAUUUAUUGUGUUUCUUUAUCACAGGGCUGGCACUAAAAGCUUUCUUUGGGUCCAUGGUGGCUUAUUUAGCAGUUACAAGCACUAAAAACAAUGGAAAAUACAAAAUAUAUCACAUGUAUGCGUGAAAUCAUCCUUCCUGGCUUGUAAACAAUGGCACACUACCUUGCACAUGGGCUCAUGCCCCAUGGACACGUUCGGGAUGAAUGUCCUUAACUGAGUUUUUCAUUGUUAGCCGAGCCAAUAUUUUGACGCAAAAACACAUCAGUAUCCGAUUUUAUCGCUAUCCGAUAGCAUCGUUAACUGAGAGCCCACUGUAUUUAGGAGUGGACGUGUCAGCAGAUAAGUCUAUGAAGGAUGAAGUGAAUCAUAGAAUUGAUGAGGGAAAAAGGGGUGAGUGGUGCACUUGGGAGUCUGUGGAGACAAAGAGGUUAAUGUAUGAGAGUAUAGUUAUACCAACACUCUCAUAUGGGUGUGAAGCAUAGGUGGUGAAUGUUGCAGUGAGGAGAAGGUUGGAGGCAGUGGAGAUGUCACGUCUGAGGGCAAUGUGUGAUGUGAAUUAGGAGGAGGUGCGGGAUUACCAAAAUUAUUAUCCAGAGGGUUGAGGAAGGGUUGCUGAGGUGGUUCGGACAUGUAGAGAGAAUGGAACGAAACAGAAUGACUUAGAGAGUGUAUAAAUCUGUAGUGGAGGGAAGGCGGGGUAAGGGUCAGUCGAAGAAAGGUUUAAGGGAGGGGUUAAAGGAGGUUUUGUGUGUGAGGGGCUUGGACUUCCAGCAAGCAUACAUGAGCGUAUUUGAUAGGAGUGAAUGGAGACAAAUGAUUUUUAAUACUUGACGUGCUAUUGGAGUGUGAGCAAAAUAACAUACAUGAAGGGAUUCAGGGAAACCAGCAGGCCGGACUUGAGUCCUGGAGAUGGGAAGUACAGUGUCUGCACUCUGAAGGAGAGGUGUUACUGUUUCAGUUUUAUAACUAUAGUGUAAAGUACCCCUCUAGCAAGACAGUGAUGGAGUGAAUGAUGAUGAAGGUUUUUCUUUUUCAGACCACCCUGCCUUGGUGGGAAUCAGCUGAUGUGUUAAUCAAAAAAAAAUUCUGGAAUAAAUAUGAUUUAUAGAUAACCUUUAUUGAAGUAAUAGUAUAAUUAUACAAUAUUUUAUAGUGCCAUGAGUCACAUCUCCACACGCCCUGGUGAACAUAGAGUUAUUGAGAGACCAUCACACCUUCUCCCUCUCGUAUAGCUCCACCCAUCCUUCAAGCCUUGGCUUGAAUAAUUAAAAGGCUCAUCAGCAUUCUUUUUUGUAUCUGAUUGUCAAACCAGAUUGCCAGUAAUUUCUCCAUUUCAUGAACAAGGCCUUUCCACUGCCUAGUUAUUAUGGCUUGAAAUCCUGUCAGUGCUUUCGCUACCUCUUUAUCUUUAUCUCUCAAGAUAGUGGGAAUGGCAGAAUGCACCAGCUUCAAGUCAUCAGCUAUCACUUGCACUUUCUUACCAGCUUCAUACUCAUUUAUAAUCCUCAUUUUCACCUCAAGAUUGAGAGUCUUCCUUUGUUUCUUGGCGCUUCUUUUAGGUGAAGUCAAGAUCUUCCUUUUUGCCGACAUCUUGUACUAUGGGAUGCACAGUAAAGUACAAAUUUGUACAAAUAUGUAGUCUUGGAGACAGUGAAAGCUAGUGUACUUAGCGGUUGUAGGAAGGAGACUGAGAUUCUUGAUGCUGAGACGCCGCACUGCCUGCUUCCAUAACCCAAGUCUUAUAUAGCAUAAAAUACAGACUUGUAGGAGAACCUGAAUGAUUAAACUCAGUGAACAAGUUGGUGUUUACAGUGUCAGUACUGUAGGAAACAUAUCAUGCUGACACCCAAUGUCAGUACACUGAAGAAAAUGGCAAAAGUUCUGAGAUCUACUACUCUCAGCAGUAAGUUUGAUGAAGCACCUACACUGUGUGAAGUACUGAGUACAACUACUACUGUCAGCAGCACAUUGAAUGAAUACUACACCGUGUGAAGUACUGAGUACAACUACUGUCAGCACUGUUUCAAUACUAUUGACUAUUUGUGUGUGUGCUCCAGUUGUCAGUAUUUGACUGUAUUGUUUGGAAAGUCUCCUAAUUUCUAACUUUCCCAUGGAAUUAAGGUAAAAUAUUGUACAAUUCACACAUUAUAUCUCACGUUUAAUUCUGUAAGAGUCCAUUCAAAGGAAUCCUAAUUCAUGACUGUUUUAAGUAACUAUUUUUAUAUUCUUUCCUUUUAUGAGACUAUUAUGGUAGUCAUAGUUUAACACCUUCUGGGAAAAUAUUGGUCAUAAUCUUACCCCUACUGUGAAAAUAUUAGUCAUAGUCUUUCCACUAACUGCUUUCAAAAACCUGAGUAUUUGUUAUUUUAUUUUAUUUCCUACAAAUAUUCCUGACAUAUUGUUGUGAUGUCUGAUUUGUUUUGUAGUAAAAUACAAGUGAAGACACUUCAUAAAUCAAGUUAAAUAUUUUUUAUGUCGAUAAUCAUGAAAAAGAGAACUUUAACAAGAAACAAUUUGUAGAUAUAAACUUUACCAAUUACAAUAAAUUUAUCAAUUUAUUAUAAAAAUUUAAUCAUUGCAGUCAUUCUAUGUAUAAUGAUAUAAAAAGUAAAUGUAUAUAAAUGAACUUAAUGUGUGAUGAAAUAAGAUUUGUAUUUUGUUAAUGGAAUGUUUAAAGUUACAUGAACUUCCCCAGCACCCACUUAAACAACUUACACUACCUAUGCUAAGACCCACUUAAAACAACUUACACAACCUACACUAACACCCAUUUAAACAAUGUGCCCCAGCAUCCACUUACACAACUUACAUUACCUGCACCAGCACCCACUUGAGCAACUUACACAUCCUACACUAGCGCCGAUUUAAACAACUUACACUAGCACUCACUUAAGCAACUUACACUACCUACACCAGCAUCUAUUUAAGCAACUUACACUACCUACACCAGCACCCACUUAAGCAACUUACAUUACCUACACCAGCACCCACUUUAGCAACUUAUACUACCUACACCAGCACCUACAUAAACAUAACUCCUCUAUCAGAACAAUAGACAAUUUUAAAACACUUUCUUAAUGUCUAUUUCAGUUUUUGUACUGAGUAAUUUUCAACUUUUUAGUUAAGCAGAAGAGAGCUCACAUAUUACUGAAUUCUAAUAUAUUAUUCAUUAAAAUUUAAGAAAAAAUGCAUUGUAGUAUUUAAUAGUGGAUACAAAUUUUGUGACUUAUUUUUUCACAUUAAUUUGUAUUGGUUACAAAAGUUCACAUGAAAAUAAUUUCCAAUCAGUUGUCAGUAUUUCUUUUUUUUUUCCUUUUUAGAAAGGUUUCAUUACUAACUAUUAUAUGUAAGAUAAUAGAAAGUACAGAAUGUGAGUCCAGUAAGUCUAUUGUUAUGUAAAGUAUAAUUGAGUCUGUUAUGUGAAAUAGUGUGUAACAUACAAGUAGUGUAAUAAUGUUGGUAGAAUUACCGGCAAUAUGUAAAGUAAAAGGACACAAGUACAAAGCCUGACAAAGCUCCUGGAGAGUGAAACAUUGCCACAAUAAAAUGUCACAUUAGUUGCACUUGUGUCCUUUUACUUUACAUACAAGUAGUGAUUUAUUUAGUGUUAAAAACUUUGUAAUAAAUAAAGGCAACAUGAAGGUAGUAAAGAAACUCCAUCAGUGUCCUGUUUGUGAAAAAGUAUUUCCAUCUAAUUCUAAACUGAUCAGACAUAGCAGUGCUCAUUCAGGAGAGAAGCCAUAUCAUUGUUCAAUGUGUCUGGAAUACUUUAGUGAUAAAUACACACUAAGAAAACAUCAGAGGAUUCAUUCAGGAGAGAGGCCAUAUCAUUGUUCAGUGUGUCUAAAAGACUUUUCUGAUAAUUCUUCCCUAAAAGUUCAUCAGAGAGUUCAUACAGGAGAGAAGCCAUAUCAGUGCUCAGUGUGUCUGAAAAGCUUUGGUGAUCAUACCUCAAUAAUUCAACAUGAGAGAGUUCAUACAGGAGAGAAGCCAUUUAAGUGUUCAGUGUGUCAUAAAGACUUUAGACAAAGGGGUCACCUGAAAUCACAUAUGAGAACUCAUACAGGAGAGAAGCCAUAUCAGUGCUCAGUGUGUACAAAAUUAUUUAAUGGAAGAAGUGCGCUGGUAAAACAUAUGCGUUAUCAUACAGGAGAGAGGCCAUAUCAGUGCUCAGUGUGUCUGAAAGACUUUAUACAAAGUGAUCACCUGAAAUCACAUAUGAGAACUCAUACGGGAGAGAAGCCAUAUCAGUGCUCAGUGUGUACAAAGUUAUUUAAAGGAAGAAGUGCGCUGGUAAAUCACAUGCGCUCUCAUACAGGAGAGAGGCCAUAUCAGUGUUCAGUGUGUACAAAACAAUUUUCAAUAAGAUGUUCUCUAGUGAAACACAUGAAGACUCACACGAAAGAAAAAACACACGAAUAUCCAGAGUGUCAGAAAGUUCUUUCAAGUGACUCUCUUUUAGUUAAGCACAUGACACUUCAUAAAGAACAUAAACCAUACAAGUGUUCAAAGUGCCAGAAAAGCUUCUCAGCAGAAAAAAGUUUAGUCAGACAUUUAAAAAGUCAUACAAGAGGAACACCAUACAAGUGUUCAGAGUGUCAGAAAGGCUUUUCAAGUCAAGAAAAUUUAUUACUGCAUAAAAAAAAUCAUGAGGGGGAGAAACCAUAUAGUUGCUCACUGUGCUUGCAAAACUUUACACAAAAAUUAGAAAUGGAAAAUCACUUGAGAUGUCACAGCAUAGAACAAACAUAUCAGUGUUCAAGGUGUCUGGAAAGUUUUUCCCAUAAAACUAACCUAGUAAAUCAUAUGAUAGCUCAUAUAUAAGAGAGAAUGUGUAGCAGUGUGAAGCAUUUUAAAAACUUUUUAAGGAAAUCUUUUCUGUAAAACAUCAUAUGACUCUGGUCACUUUAUCAGGAAAAUCCAAGUGAAAUUGAUGCUCUUUAUUAGAAAUAAAACACUUAAAAGUAAA